AUGGAGCGGCGCGUGAGCGUGAAGACCUGGGUGGCGGCCAACCGGGCCUCCUUCCAGCCCCCCGUCUGCAACAAGCUCAUGCACCAGGAGCAGCUCAAAAUCAUGUUCGUUGGGGGCCCCAACACCAGGAAGGACUAUCACAUCGAGGAGGGUGAGGAGGUGUUUUAUCAGCUGGAGGGAGAUAUGGUCCUCCGUGUCCUGGAGCAAGGGAAACAUCGGGAUGUGGUCAUUCGUCAGGGAGAGAUAUUCCUCCUGCCUGCCAGGGUGCCCCACUCACCACAGAGGUUUGCCAACACCAUGGGGCUGGUGAUUGAGCGGAGGCGGCUGGAAACCGAGCUAGAUGGGCUCAGAUACUACGUGGGGGACACCGUGGACGUCCUGUUUGAGAAGUGGUUCUACUGCAAGGACCUCGGCACGCAGUUGGCCCCCAUCAUCCAGGAGUUCUUCAGCUCGGAGCAGCACAGAACAGGAAAGCCCAUCCCUGAUCAGCUGCUAAAGGAGCCACCAUUCCCACUGAGCACACGAUCCGUCAUGGAGCCCCUGUCUCUGGAGGCCUGGAUGGAUGGCCACCGCAGGGAGCUGCAGGCAGGCACGUCCCUCAGCCUGUUUGGGGACACCUAUGAGACUCAGGUGAUCGCCCAUGGGCAAGGCAGCAGCAAAGGCCCGAGACAGGAUGUGGAUGUGUGGCUGUGGCAGCUGGAGGGCUCCUCGGUGGUGACGAUGGGGAGACAGCACCUGAGCCUGACCCCUGAUGACAGCCUCCUGGUGCCAGCUGGAACUGCGUACUCCUGGGAGCGAGCGCAAGGCUCUAUGUCCCUAUCUGUGACCCAGGACCCUGGCCGCAAGAAGCCCCUGGGGUGA